AUGUCCCGUAACCCUGCCUCAUCCUCCUUCCAAUUCUCCUCUACUCCUGUCCCAUCCUUUGUCCGCAUCCGCCGUAUGGACGGCUCUCCCCUUUCCGACCUUUCCCCCUGGGCGGUGGGGGACGCACUCUCGUCGGCGAUCGGGCGCUGUCUCCGUGCCCGGCCGCUGCGAGGGGGCGACCUCCUCGUCGCCUGCGAGGCGUCGGAGAAGCGAGUUUUGCUCGGUCUCCGGCGAAUCGCCGGUGCUGAGGUGAAGGUGUGGGCUCCGCCCCACCUGAACCAAAGCCAGGGCUCCAUCUACGCUCCAUCCCUCCAGCACCUAUCCCUGUCCGAACUGGAGGAGGGCUUCUCCCGGGUGGGCGUUACCGCCGUGUAUCGCCCGCCCCGCUCUCCAAAAGUUCUUAUCCUAACCUUCUCCACCGCUGAACCUCCCCCCUACAUCCUGGCCGCCUACCUAUCCUUCCCCGUCCGUGCAGUCCCUCCCAAACCUCUCCGCUGCCGGCGGUGCCAGCGCUAUGGACACCGCCAGCAGCACUGCCGAUCCGACUCCCCCACGUGCUCCAACUGCGCCGAGGCGGGGCACGAAUCCUCCCAGUGUCCUGCCGAAGAUCCUCUGUGCGCAGGCUGUGGCGGCGCCCACACCGCGAACGACCCAUCCUGUCCCCGCUGGAUCUCUGAGACCCAGGUCACCCUCCUCAUCCGUAGGGGCUGGGACCCUCGCGACGCUCGCGCCGUGCAGAGCGGUGCUGCCCGCUCCGCGCAGCGGCUUGAGGUGGCCGCCCAGACCCCACCCGGGGUCUCUGACCGGGACCCGCGACGACGCCCGGCCAACCCACCACCGUCUGAGGAACCGACUCCCAGGCCGGGCGCCAGUGUGGGAACCGAACCCGAACCCGAACCUAUGCCCAAGAACCGACCGCCACCACCACCUCGGUCCUCGGACGAGUCUAACGACUCAUCCCAGUCGGCCUCGACCUCGAACUCCACGAGUCCCACCUCGCCACCGAAGACCCGCCGCACACGCCUCCAGUCGGCUCCCUCCGACUUUCACUUCACACUCCGACACAAACAGUAA